AUGCCAACAAAUGGGAUCCACCAAGUCCUGAAGAUCCAGUUUGGGUUGAUCAACUGCGAGAGCCGGUACCUGACGGCGGAGAGUUUCGGCUACAAGGGGAACGCCUCGGCCCCCAGCCUGAAGCGCAAACAGAUCUGGACGCUGGAGCAGGAUGAAGCCGACAGCUCCGUCGUCUUCCUCAAGAGCCACCUCGGCCGGUACUUGGGUGCCGAUAAGGACGGGAAGGUGCAUUGUGAGGCCGAGCAGCCGGGUCGGGAUGAACGUUUCAACAUCAUCACGCAGUCGGAUGGACGUUGGGCUCUUCAAUCCCCCCCUCACCGCCGUUUUUUUGGAGGUCGGGAGGAUCAACUCUCCUGUUUCGCUCCCAGCGUGACAGAAAACGAGCUCUGGACGGUCCAUUUGGCCAUCCACCCUCAAGCCAACCUGCUGAGCGUCAGCCGCCGCCGCUACGCUCACCUCAGCGCCCAGGAGGAUGAAAUCGCCACCGACAGCAACCUGCCCUGGGGGGUGGAUGCUCUCAUCACCCUCUGCUUCCAGGACAAGAAGUACAGCCUGCGCACGGCCGACGAGCGCUACCUGCGCUGUGACGGCACCCUG